CAUCGGGAAGAUGGCGUCGAUGAGAUGAGCGCCACUGGAUUUAUUUUAACUUGGUUGAGUGUGCUGUUUGUUGUACUUCACCAUUGCUGACGAGUUCUUUAGCGCACAGUCGGGCGAAAACGUGCUCGUGUGGUCAAAGACCCGAACGGAGUGGACAGGUCUGAGAAGCCGUGAGCGGAACUGGAGCACCAGCGUCAUGCAGAUCACCUUGAAAACCCUCCAGCAGCAAACUAUCAAGAUUGACAUCGAACCGGAGCAAACGGUUAAAGACUUGAAGGAGAAGAUUGAAGCAGAGAAGGGGAAAGAAUGCUUCCCUGUUGCAGGCCAAAAACUGAUUUAUGCUGGAAAAAUCCUGCAGGAUGACACACCCAUCAAAGAUUAUAAAAUAGAUGAGAAGAACUUUGUAGUGGUUAUGGUGGCAAAGCCAAAAUCUGCUUCAGCUGCACAGUCUAAGUCAACAGAUGUGGUCAGAGUUCCUCUACAGGAAUGUCCCGUUGUACAACCCCUUGUACCAACCCCAGCAGCAAUACCCAUCCCUCCUGAUGAAGACAAACAAAAAGAGCAGAGUCCUCCUGCUCAGUCUGAGUCAGACAGUGUUAGUGUUACUUCGUCUUCAGAAGGUGCUGUGAGACAAGAUGCUUCUUCAGCACUAGUAACAGGCUCAGAGUACGAGGCCAUGCUGACAGAGAUCAUGUCAAUGGGUUAUGAACGUGAGCAGGUGGUAGCUGCUUUAAGAGCCAGCUUCAACAAUCCUCAUCGAGCUGUAGAGUACCUUCUCACUGGUAUUCCUGGCAGCCCAGUACGUGAAACACCUCCAAGACGAGAUGAGCCAGCAUCUACUGAAAACCCUUCUUCAGAAGGUGACAACCCAUUAGAAUUCCUCAGAGACCAGUCUCAGUUUCAAAAUAUGAGACAAGUGAUUCAGCAGAACCCAGCUUUGUUACCAGCUCUUCUGCAGCAGCUGGGAAGUGAAAACCCCCAACUGUUACAGCAAAUUAGUCAGCACCAGGAGCUCUUCAUCCAAAUGCUGAAUGAGCCCUUAGGUGACUUGGCUGAUAUUAGUGAAAGUGAAGGGGAUUUGGGAGCUAUGGCAGAGGAUGCAGCUCCUGUUAACUACAUCCAGGUUACACCACAAGAAAAAGAAGCCAUUGAGCGGUUAAAAGCCCUUGGCUUCCCUGAAAAUUUGGUGAUCCAAGCCUACUUUGCCUGUGAGAAGAAUGAAAACCUUGCUGCUAACUUUCUUUUGAAUCAGAACUUGGAUGAUGAAUGAGAAAAAUCCCACAUUUAUUUUUUUAUCAAAGGUUACAUUUAUUUAAAAAGCAAAAAUAGAAUAAAUUAAAAUUAUAAAACUGUAAUAGGAGAGGGCAACACUUUUUAGUAAUAUCUACAAAUGAAAAUCUUUCAUAGUCUGCUGUAUGUGAAGAUUAAAUUAGUUUCCCCCACAUUUUUAUCAUUUUUAGAAGCCCUGAACAUUUUUCAGCUUUGGAAUUUUUUGACUGAAAUCUUGGCUAAAAAGGGAAAAAGAGAAAUCCUAGGAAAUUGUGGACACUUCAGGUUCCUUUACUGCAUUUCAUAUAAAAUGGGUUUAUGGCCAUUACCCUAUAUUGUUUGGAGAGAAUUUAAAUUUAUCGUUGACAUCGCUGAACAAGAAUUGAAUGGAAAAGCAAAGGAUUGAUGCUUCAAGCUCUCCAGUAAUCCGACAUUGGAGUCCAUUAAGAUUAGAAUGGCCCUAGUGUUUUUCACAUGUUGAAAGGACAUGGAAACGAGCCUUAAUAUUCAUCUUUAAGUAUUCAUAAGGUUUUUUUUCUGUUAUUUGUAUAUGCUUAUCAUGAUCCUUCUGUUGCCACUAGACAAAAUUUAAGGACAUUGAAGUAAAACAUCUGUAAAUUUCAAAUCGUUCAGGUGUAAAUCAAUCUCCCUCUUUUGUCAUACUUCAUUGGUCUGUUAAAUUUGGGUUUACAGCAUUUAAGGUGAUUGUGCAAACCUGUGAAUUGUCUUAGCAAAACAGUGCUGUGUUUUUCUUUUUAUGCAGUAUCUAUAGAUUCUCAUACCAUUCUAAUACAGUAUAAAUGGUCUGAAAGAACAUUUUUUUGUUCAAUGAACAAUCUGAUUUUCUCUUAACAUUUUAUGACUUUAAUAAAUAGUAAUUUAUGAGUAGAUAUUCCAUGAAAAAGUACUUUAUCCUCAAACAUGCCAAGGCUGAGGUGUCUGGACUGUAAUAUCAGUCCAGUCAAACUUUCUGCCGCACUGAAAACCUAGGUUUAUACAUACAUUACAGUCACAGGUUAAAAAAUGGCUAGGAGGGGACACAAUGAAUGUGAUGAUGUACGUACACUAAAAUGAGAAAGGAUUAGUAAAAUGGUGAGGAUAUAGCAGUUUAAAACUCACUAUGUUUCUGCCAUCUUCUAAGAAAUGACAGAAUGAGAUGUACAUGGCAUAUCAUUUACAUACUAAAGCUUUGUUAACUGCAGUUGUUUUGAAGUUUGUUGUCUUAAGUGGAUUGCUGCCUCGAAGCUUAUGAACUCCUUUGUCCUCGCCUGCACUUCUGUAUGCUUGUUUUUUUUGGAUUUGAUGCCAAUACUCUGAUCUGCAGAUCUCCCCACCUUGGGAGUGCCUUAAUGUAUUCAUGAAAUCGCUGAAGGCUUCAUUUUGUUUUUAAAUAUGCCAGUCUUCUGUGUUAUACUUUUAAUAUAGAGGUUCUAUUGCAUUUUAAAAUGGGACACACUAUUUUGUGGAUUUUCUAUAAUUUAUUUCACACACGGCUAUUUCCUACAUCUGUUAACAGUAAAUAAAAAAAACAAAUUUACAAUAAGCUUGUUCCUAAAUGAUGUUUAACAAGUGUUGCCACUGUACAUUGUUUUAUUACAUGUAAGGAGUGUUAGUCUUGGCCGUCUGUUUUGGCCACGCCCUAUUUUAUAUGCCAGUCUUGAAAUUAUUAACUAUGAUUGAUUCCUUUUAGCACUCCGGCACACACUUUACACCUACCGUGAUAGUGGGAUUAAAUAUGUUGAACUGUAUAAUAUGAAGCCGUCCACAUAGCACACACCUGCUUUCUCUGAUAGGAAAUCUGCUUUUCUUUUACAAAUACCUCAGGUUGUUUAUGUAUUUUAAUUUAGAUAAGGAUAAUUACACUUUUAUGAGCCAUAGAAUAUUAUAUAUUAGGGAUUAGCCAUUUUGUGACAUGACUGGCAGCUUGUCAAGGGUUGAUCUUGAUUGCAGCGGUACAUCCUGCAGUUCCGUAAUAGAACAAGAACUUUUAGAGCAGGGGUGUCAAGCUCGGAUUCUGGAGGGCUGUAGUGGCUGAAGCUUUUGAUUCUUUAGUAGCCAGUUCUCAUUACUAAUGACACCUACUUCAUGUGCCUUUAAUUUUAAUUGAUUUGCUUUUUAAGAUUUAGAAUCCUUCAUUUUUUCUGUUUCCUUAAGCAGAUUUGCAGCUAACCCAGGGAUCUUAAACUCAGUUUCUGGAAUGGAGGGCCAUCAUUUUUUACUUCACUCAAUUUCUUAAUUAGAAGCCACUUGUUGCUGUUAAUGAUGCACUUUAAUUCUAUAGAUCAUUAGUACUCUCACACUGAAACUAGACAUUUUGAAAUAGGUUGAUUUUGUUUUGUUUUUUUUUUUUCUUUGAGAGCCCCAUCUAAAUGUUUUGUGGAACUCAGCAGAUCAGUUAUUUUUUGCAGACCUUCACUUUUUCUUUUCCUAUAUUCUUUUUAAAACAGAUGUCACACGAUGGACAGAGAAGUGCUAAUGGGAUCAAGUUAGUUGGUUAUCUUUCAGUUCGCUCUUCAUUUCAUUAUUGUUGGCUUCUUGUUAAGAAAAGCAAUUAAGGGUUUUGAGUUUUAAAAAGUAAAUCAGUUAUAGUUAAAGGCAAAAAAAGUCUGUUCAAUUAGCAGCAGUACUUGGCUAUUAAUUAAGAAAAUGGCUGAACUGAAAAACUGGAUCAGACUUUGACAUUCCUGGUUUAUAGUUAAAGUUGAAUUUAAAGGAAUUUUAAGUUGAAAAUAUGUCAGUGACACGUAGUAUCCACUAGAUGUCAUGUUAGCCAUUACAUUCUGCUAAAUUCCAAUACUCCAUUCAUUCUGUCGGCACUUCUGACAACAUCAUUUCUACAUACGGAGCAAUUUUCAGAAGGGCCACUGUUUAACCUACAUAGCGUAAAUCCUUAAUCUGUCCCACCUAGGUUUAUGUGAAAUAAUUGACAUUUUUGAUAAUUAGAAGGCAUUCAGGAAAAACUUCUGAUGAGAAAAUGUGGAUUCAAACUGGACUUUUUUUUUUUUUUUUU